UUUUGAGAAGCAGCCAAAAGAAAAAAAGCACAGUAAUGUCAGGAAAGCAGCUUGAUCAAUGGAGUGGGGACCAAGAUUAUGACUAUGAUUCUGACGAUUAUUCAUACGAUCCUCCAUCUCAAGGUUAUGAGAUUCAGCCAAGAUGUGGAUAUGCGGUUGUUGUUCAAGAAGACAACCAAGCCAGUAGAUAUGAAAAAAGUUGGAGGUGUCAUGAUCGAGACAGGCAAACUGGCAACUAUAAGACUGCUUCAACGAAGGAGGUUGCUUCUCGCGGGGAGACAUUCAAGGAGAGGUCUACUGGCAGAGUUGGCUACAAGGAUGAGUUCAAAACCACCUCCACUUGCAGGGUUGGUGACCGAAGUGGAUAUACCGAGUAUCAGCGCCAGGAGACAUAUCGUCGAGUUGAUUUUGGCAGCAGCGGAUCGGGCAGUAAGGGUGGACAGAGCAACUAUUCAUCAAGCAAGAAAUAUCUUAAAUGAAGGGCUGGGGUAAGUGUAAGUGUGUCUGGAUGUUUGGCUCUGUUGCUUUGAAUUUGGGUUAUUUUGUGCAGACUCAUGUUUUGUUAUGAUGUUUUCUGAUGUCUGAACACUGGCAUUUUCCUUUAGAUCUAGGAGGGCCUUUGUUGUUUUUGGUGUAUGUAAUGCUCUAAUAGGUUUAGAGAGCUGAAUUCCAAAACAAAAGUAUAUGGUAUCGUUUGUAAUGCUCUAAUAUGCUGUUGUCAUCGUUUGAAUGUUGGCAUGUGAACUUUAUAGCUAAGUAUUUUAGUUUUUGAA